AUGUUCAAAAGCUCACCAUUUUAUCCUAAAUCUGAUCAAGCAAUGGUCACAGCUAGGAGUGCUGAACUACAUGUUUUAUCAUUUUUAUGGUUUGCAUCUAAUAAAUGUGAUUUGCGUGAUGUUGCUAGCCGGUUCGGAUUAUCCUUAUCGUCACAAUUUAGGAUUAAUGACCGAGUAAUGGAAUUUCUGAUAAAAAUUGCUCCAAGUAUAAUUAAAAUGCCAAAAUCUGAUGCUGAAAAAGAAUCAGUGGCUAAAGACUUUAAAAUGAUAGCUCUUAUUCCUCAUGCACUGGGUUGUAUCGAUAGCACAUCAAUAACAAUUAGAACACCAAAACAUAAAGUAAAAUCUACUUAUGUUAAUCGCCAUGAUAUACCAGCAAUUACCUUACAGGGAAUAUGUGACAGUAAAAAGCGCUUUUUAGAUGCCUUCACUGGACCUCCUGGUAAAAUCCAUGACGCCCGUGUUCUUAAAUUAUCAGGAGUUCUUGAUUGGCUUCCAAGGUUGUGCAAUGAAAAAUAUUACCUAUUGGGAGAUGGAGCCUAUCCUUUAAGACAGUGGCUCAUUACACCUUACAGAAAUAUUGGACAUUUCACAGAAUCACAAAAACAUUUUAACAAAAAAUUCAGUGCCACUAGAGUGAAAAUUGAAAAUACUUUUGGGUUGUUAAAAGGAAGAUUUCGCCAGUUGACUCAAAUUGACAUGCAUGAGGUUAAUAAAAUAACAAAAUUCAUUAUUUGCUGUUGUGUUAUGCAUAAUUUAUGCAUUUAUAACGAUGAUUUAAUUAAUUAUAAUGAAUAUGAUAAUGAGGAAGUUAUUAUGACCGACGAAUACGUACAAGACAUAACAGUUACUGAUGUACAACUGAAACUAGCAGGAGAAUCAAAAAGAAAUAAUUUAAAAGAAUAUUUAUUAUACUUAAAUAACUAG